CAACAAUCUGUCUGCGGCGCGCAGAUGUGAUGUCACUAGGCCAACGAUAUUUCGUAUCUGUUGCUGAGAUCUUGGUUAUGUUGAUUAAAUUGCAUUGGCGUCUGGUUCAAUGGCGGCAGAACAUGAUUCGAAUAGCAGGCUUGGGAGGUGCGAAGUUUGUGACUCUCAGGAUGCCAAAUAUACGUGCCCGGCGUGUGAAGUUAAGACUUGUUGUUUGAAAUGUGUCAAUAUACAUAAGAAGGAAUUGAAUUGUAAUGGAGUAAGAAACAGAGUUGAUUAUAAACCACUUUCAAAAUUCAACAACAUGGAUCUUCAAAGCGAUUAUAUGCUUUUAGAAGAAAUGACAAGAUCAGUUGAAACAUUUUCAAGAGACCCAACAAAACGGUUUACACGCUUGGCCACAGAAUUGCCUCCGCACCUUUUUAAACUUCGAGCUGCAGCCACCAGGAGGGGUACUCAUCUCUGUUUCUUGCCUCAGUGUUUUACGCGACAUAAGGAAAACACUACAUUUUUUAAUUGGAAAACACAACUAAUAAAAUGGAGAAUAGACUGGAUAUUUCCUGAGUGUGAUAAUUUGAAAAUAUCAUCAGACCAGUGCCUUGAGACUGAACUUCUGUCACACUUCACUCGUAGCUUCUUGGUACGUGACAACACUCCACUGUCAGAUCAACAGAAACUGCAGUCUUAUUAUGCAAUAGGACUUCCAGGGCUGUUGUUACUUCUAAAGGCAGAGCUGUGUCGUAAGAAGGAAACACAGUUCUUUGAACUUGACCCGCAUGAAAGUUUGAGAGAAAAUUUGAAGGGGAAGACUGUUAUUGAGUAUCCAACAAUAUACGUUGUGAAGAGGCACAACAAACACAUGUUCAACAUUGUGGAUGUAGAGGAAGAAAGCGAGAUAGAAGCUGAAGAUGACCCGUACGAUACCAGUGGGAAAAAAGCUUUCUUGACCAUAAGGAAGAGGCAUGCAGAAUUACGAAAUAAGAAUAAAAGCCUGUUACUUUCUUAUUCUGAUCAAUCAUCAUCUGAAAAUGAGAGUGAAGAACCAAUAGAGAAGAAAUCUCAUUAUGAUAAGCCAGUUAUUCGACAUUGUACAGAAAAUUGUAGGUGAAAUUAUUCUUUUUGAAGCAAAUACCAAAAUUAAAAGUGGAGUAAAUACAGAUAUCAGUGGAUUGUGCCCCAGUGAAGAUACGAUCUAAUUAAUGUUAUUCAUUGCUCGGUAUGAAAUAUGUUUGUUAUCUGUAUGUCUUUUGUGUAGUUUUUCCUUGUAUUAAUAAGUUUUUAUUUUUGUUAAUUCAAGCAUGUAAAUAAAUAUUUCACAUUACAACUUGAUAGUUUGCUUAGUGCAAACUACCAAGUCUGCCUUGAAGAAGCUGUACUUGCAGUCACAUGUGAUUAUCUGUAGUCCUGGUCAUUUUAUGUAAACACACUUCACAUAUUUGUUUCUGUUAAGAUAGUGAACUGUCAAAAGAUAAUCAUUCCUAUUGCAUGCUGCAUCCUAUGCUCUCCUCUUAAGAAGUUAAUGAAGUCUACACUCUUAAAAUCAGCAGGCUAAAUACAGGUACACUGUUUUUAGUACCACAGUCCAAAGAAGUUUUAAUGAGACGGUGUAAGCAGACAGGUAACAUCUAAUUAUUUAUCCCCCCUCAAUAACUUUACAUAGCUUGUAAAAUUAACUAAAAUAACACAGAAAUAAUCUUGUCAAAUAGUUUGGCACAUUUCUUGUUAGUGUGUUUUUGACAAGUGAUUUGCAGUAAGUAAUGUCGUGCUCAUCUGUUAAUUGCUGUAAUGGAGUCUUUUGAUAGUGUGUGAAGAAAAAAAAAAUCUGCAAUGAAAUUUGAUUGGUAAAAAAACUGUUCAUAAGCAGCAGCAUGAGAAGAUGCAUAUAAAGGUUAAAGAAAUGUGCAUGAGUCUGGCAGAAGGGUUGAAGGGGGAAAUAAGAGGGAUGAAAGCAAAGGGAUGUUUCCAGAAUGAGAUUUUCACUAUGCAGCAGAGU